GAUGUCCGUCCGGCCAGGACUGGCAACCGAAGUGUUGGCUGUCUGCAAUUGUGACGCCUCUCAGGCACCCGGCAUUAAGGAGACAACGAUUGGCGAAACGGCCGAGGUGCUGAUCAUAAAGCAGAAAAUCGAAAACAUGAAAGUAGACAGGACUAAACUGAAAAAGACACCUACUGAGGCUCUGUAGAGCCUUAAUAGACAAACUCAAAGUUUGUAAUGAUGAGCAACUCCUCUUGGAAUUGCAGCAGAUCAAAACAUGGAACAUUGGAAAGUGCGAGUUAUAUCACUGGGUGGACCUCCUGGAUCGCUUCGAUGGAAUUCUGGCAGAUGCUGGACAAACAGUGGAGAAUAUGUCGUGGAUGCUUGUAUGUGAUAGGCCGGAAAGAGAGCAACUGAAAAUGCUUCUUUUGGCUGUGUUGAAUUUCACAGCAUUGCUCAUUGAGUACAGUUUUUCCCGACAUCUGUACAGUUCUAUAGAGCAUUUGACGACUUUAUUGGCUUCCUCUGAUAUGCAAGUGGUGCUGUCAGUUCUUAACCUUCUAUAUGUAUUUAGCAAAAGAUCAAACUUAAUCACACGUCUUGGAUCUGAUAAGAGGACCCCACUGCUAACCCGACUGCAACAUUUGGCAGAGAGCUGGGGUGGAAAGGAGAAUGGCUUUGGACUUGCAGAAUGUUGCAGAGACUUGCAUAUGAUGAAAUAUCCACCCAGUGCAACUACACUACACUUUGAAUUCUAUGCAGACCCUGGGGCCGAAGUCAAAAUCGAGAAAAGGACAACUAGUAACACACUACACUAUAUCCACAUAGAGCAACUUGACAAGAUUUCAGAAAGCCCUUCUGAAAUCAUGGAAUCUCUUACCAAAAUGUACAGCAUUCCCAAGGAUAAACAGAUGCUGUUAUUUACACACAUACGGCUGGCCCAUGGCUUUUCCAAUCACAGGAAGAGAUUACAAGCAGUUCAGGCCAGCCAGCAUGCGAUAUCUAUAUUAGUGUAUUCCAAUGCCUUGCAGGAAUCGGCAAACAGUAUCUUAUAUAACGGGUUGAUAGAGGAAUUGGUGGAUGUCCUUCAGAUAACAGAUAAGCAACUUAUGGAGAUUAAAGCUGCUUCUUUACGAACAUUAACAUCAAUUGUCCACUUGGAGAGAACUCCCAAACUCAGCAGUAUUAUUGACUGUACUGGAACUGCCUCCUACCAUGGAUUUUUACCUGUACUUGUGCGGAACUGUAUCCAGGCUAUGAUUGAUCCUUCCAUGGAUCCGUACCCUCACCAGUUUGCCACUGCUCUCUUCUCUUUUUUAUACCAUCUGGCCAGCUAUGAUGCUGGUGGCGAAGCCUUGGUCUCCUGUGGGAUGAUGGAAGCCUUACUGAAGGUCAUAAAGUUUCUUGGCGAUGAACAAGACCAAAUAACGUUUGUCACCAGAGCCGUCAGAGUGGUAGAUCUCAUCACAAACCUGGACAUGGCAGCUUUUCAAUCCCAUAGUGGACUUUCUAUCUUCAUUUAUAGACUUGAGCAUGAAGUAGAUCUGUGCCGAAAAGAAUGUCCAUUUGUGAUCAAGCCAAAGAUCCAGAGACCCAGUACUGUACAAGAAGGAGAAGAAAUGGAAACUGAUAUGGAUGGAGUUCAGUGUAUUCCACAAAGAGCAGCACUUCUAAAAUCCAUGUUGAAUUUCCUCAAGAAGGCUAUUCAAGACCCUGCUUUUUCAGAUGGCAUACGACAUGUGAUGGAUGGCUCUCUGCCUACCUCUCUGAAACACAUCAUCAGCAAUGCAGAAUACUAUGGCCCAUCACUCUUCCUCCUAGCUACUGAAGUGGUGACUGUGUUUGUAUUUCAAGAACCAUCACUGCUCUCCUCACUUCAAGACAAUGGACUGACAGAUGUCAUGCUGCAUGCACUGCUUAUCAAAGAUGUUCCUGCUACCCGUGAAGUCCUUGGAUCCCUCCCAAAUGUAUUCAGUGCACUCUGCCUGAAUGCCCGAGGUCUUCAGUCUUUUGUACAGUGUCAGCCUUUUGAACGGCUCUUCAAAGUUCUUCUGUCUCCAGAUUACCUCCCAGCCAUGCGGAGAAGGAGGAGUUCUGAUCCUCUUGGGGAUACUGCGUCCAACCUAGGGAGUGCUGUUGAUGAGCUCAUGAGACAUCAGCCUACCCUCAAAACUGAUGCAACAACUGCCAUCAUCAAGUUACUUGAAGAAAUCUGUAAUCUUGGAAGAGACCCUAAAUACAUCUGUCAGAAACCAUCAAUCCAGAAGGCAGAUGGCACUGCCACUGCUCCUCCUCCGAGAUCUAACCAUGCUGCAGAAGAAGCCUCUAGUGAGGAUGAGGAGGAAGAAGAAGUACAAGCCAUGCAGAGUUUUAAUUCUACACAGCAGAGUGAGACUGAGCCUAAUCAGCAGGUUGUUGGUACAGAGGAACGUAUUCCUAUUCCCCUCAUGGAUUACAUCCUUAAUGUGAUGAAAUUCGUGGAAUCUAUUUUGAGCAACAAUACAACAGAUGACCACUGCCAGGAAUUUGUGAAUCAGAAAGGACUCUUGCCUUUGGUCACCAUUUUGGGUCUUCCCAAUCUGCCUAUUGAUUUUCCCACAUCUGUUGCCUGUCAGGCUGUUGCAGGUGUAUGCAAAUCCAUAUUGACAUUAUCUCAUGAACCCAAAGUCCUUCAAGAGGGUCUCCUUCAGUUGGAUUCCAUCCUUUCCUCCUUGGAGCCCUUACACCGCCCCAUUGAGUCACCUGGGGGCUCAGUGCUGUUGCGAGAACUGGCUUGCGCCGGCAACGUUGCUGAUGCUACCCUUUCAGCUCAGGCCACGCCUUUGCUUCAUGCACUUACUGCUGCCCAUGCCUAUAUCAUGAUGUUCGUUCAUACUUGCAGAGUUGGGCAGAGUGAAAUUCGUUCCAUCUCCGUAAACCAAUGGGGCUCGCAGUUGGGUCUGAGUGUUCUGAGCAAACUGAGCCAGUUAUACUGUUCACUGGUGUGGGAAAGCACUGUUCUCCUUUCUCUGUGUACCCCAAACAGCCUACCAUCUGGAUGUGAAUUUGGCCAAGCAGACAUGCAGAAACUGGUUCCAAAGGAUGAGAAGGCAGGUACGGCCCAGGGCGGAAAAAGAUCAGAUGGGGAACAGGAUGGAACUGCUGGAGGUAUGGAUGCUUCUACCCAGGGCUUAUUGGAAGGCAUUGGGCUAGAUGGUGAUACGUUGGCUCCCAUGGAGACAGAUGAACCUACUGCUUCAGACUCUAAGGGUAAAUCUAAAAUUACACCAGCCAUGGCUGCCAGAAUCAAGCAAAUCAAGCCUUUAUUAUCAGCUUCCUCCAGAUUAGGUCGAGCACUUGCUGAGCUAUUUGGCCUCCUCGUUAAACUUUGUGUGGGGUCUCCUGUCCGCCAAAGAAGGAGCCAUCAUGCUGCCAGCACCACUACAGCACCAACACCUGCUGCUCGAUCGACAGCCUCGGCCCUCACUAAGCUCCUCACAAAGGGCUUAUCUUGGCAGCCUCCGCCGUAUACACCUACUCCCCGCUUCAGGCUGACAUUCUUCAUCUGUUCGGUUGGUUUCACAUCCCCAAUGCUAUUUGAUGAGAGAAAGUAUCCCUACCACCUCAUGCUCCAGAAAUUUCUCUGCUCUGGAGGCCACAAUGCUCUGUUUGAAACUUUCAACUGGGCUUUGUCCAUGGGAGGCAAAGUUCCUGUUUCUGAGGGAUUGGAACAUUCAGAUUUGCCUGAUGGCACAGGAGAAUUCCUAGAUGCCUGGCUUAUGUUGGUAGAGAAGAUGGUGAAUCCUACCACGGUGCUUGAAUCUCCACAUUCACUGCCUGCCAAAUUGCCUGGAGGUGUCCAGAACUUUCCACAAUUCAGUGCCCUCCGCUUCCUUGUGGUAACUCAGAAAGCAGCCUUUACUUGCAUCAAGAACUUGUGGAACCGGAAACCUCUAAAGGUGUAUGGCGGGCGAAUGGCUGAGUCCAUGCUGGCUAUUCUGUGCCACAUCCUCCGAGGAGAACCUGUGAUUCGAGAGAGACUGAGCAAAGAGAAGGAGGGAUCUCGAGGAGAGGAGGAUGCAGGGCACGAGGAAGGUGGCUCCCGUAGGGAACCCCAGGUGAAUCAGCAACAGCUACAACAGCUCAUGGACAUGGGCUUCACAAGGGAACAUGCCAUGGAGGCCUUGUUGAACACCAGCACCAUGGAACAGGCCACAGAGUACCUUCUAACCCACCCUCCUCCAAUCAUGGGAGGGGUUGUCCGGGAUCUCAGCAUGUCUGAAGAGGACCAGAUGAUGAGAGCAAUUGCUAUGUCUCUGGGACAGGAUAUUCCAAUGGAUCAAAGAGCAGAGUCACCUGAGGAAGUUGCUUGCCGGAAGGAAGAAGAGGAACGUAAAGCUCGAGAAAAGCAGGAGGAAGAAGAAGCUAAAUGUCUAGAGAAGUUCCAGGAUGCUGAUCCAUUGGAGCAAGAUGAGCUCCACACUUUCACAGAUAGCAUGUUGCCAGGUUGCUUCCACCUUCUUGAUGAGCUGCCAGACACAGUGUACCGUGUGUGUGAUCUGAUCAUGACAGCAAUAAAACGUAAUGGAGCAGACUAUCGUGACAUGAUUCUGAAGCAAGUAGUCAAUCAGGUUUGGGAAGCUGCUGAUGUAUUGAUUAAAGCUGCUCUUCCCCUGACAACAAGUGAUACAAAAACUGUGUCUGAGUGGAUCAGUCAGAUGGCUACCCUACCCCAGGCUUCUAAUUUGGCUACUAGAAUCUUGCUUUUAACACUACUUUUUGAGGAGUUGAAACUGCCUUGUGCUUGGGUGGUUGAAUCGAGUGGCAUCCUUAAUGUACUCAUCAAACUCUUGGAAGUGGUUCAGCCCUGCCUCCAGGCCGCCAAGGAGCAAAAAGAGGUCCAGACCCCAAAGUGGAUCACUCCAGUAUUGCUCUUAAUUGAUUUCUAUGAAAAGACAGCCAUCUCCUCAAAAAGGAGAGCCCAGAUGACUAAGUACCUACAGUCCAACAGCAACAAUUGGCGCUGGUUUGAUGAUCGCUCUGGGCGUUGGUGUAGUUACAGUGCAAGCAACAACAGCACUAUUGAUUCUGCCUGGAAAUCUGGAGAGACAAGUGUGCGAUUCACUGCAGGCCGAAGAAGAUACACUGUCCAGUUCACUACAAUGGUGCAGGUUAAUGAGGAGACAGGGAAUCGACGCCCUGUGAUGCUGACUCUCCUCAGGGUACCACGGCUGAAUAAAAACUCAAAAAAUAGCAAUGGAGUGGAACUAGAGAAGACACUGGAAGAAAAAGAAAUGGACAUCAAACGUAAAGAAAAUAAAGGCAGUGAUACCCCAUUGGGUCUAGAGAAUACGAAUACUGAAAAGGAAACAAGCCUGGAAGAAACAAAAAUUGGGGAGAUCCUGAUCCAGGGCCUGACAGAAGAUAUGGUGACUGUUUUAAUCCGGGCCUGUGUGAGCAUGCUGGGAGUUCCUGUGGACCCAGACACUUUGCAUGCCACCCUUCGCCUCUGCCUGAGGCUCACCCGGGACCACAAAUAUGCCAUGAUGUUUGCAGAACUGAAGAGUACCCGCAUGAUCUUGAAUUUGACCCAGAGCUCAGGCUUCAAUGGGUUUACUCCCCUGGUCACCCUUCUCUUAAGACACAUCAUUGAGGACCCCUGUACCCUCCGUCAUACCAUGGAAAAGGUUGUUCGCUCAGCAGCUACAAGUGGAGCUGGUAGCACUACUUCUGGAGUUGUAUCUGGCAGCCUCGGCUCUCGGGAGAUCAACUACAUCCUUCGUGUCCUUGGGCCAGCUGCAUGCCGCAAUCCAGACAUAUUCACAGAAGUGGCCAACUGCUGUAUCCGCAUCGCCCUUCCAGCCCCUCGAGGCUCAGGCACUGCUUCAGAUGAUGAAUUUGAGAAUCUUAGAAUUAAAGGCCCUAAUGCAGUACAGCUGGUGAAGACAACCCCUUUGAAGCCCUCACCUCUGCCUGUCAUUCCUGAAACUAUCAAGGAAGUAAUUUACGAUAUGCUGAAUGCUCUGGCUGCAUACCAUGCUCCAGAUGAAGCAGACAAAUCUGAUCCCAAACCUGGAGGUAUGACUCAAGAGGUUGGCCAGCUCCUACAAGACAUGGGCGAUGAUGUAUACCAGCAGUACCGGUCACUUACUCGUCAGAGCAGUGACUUUGAUACCCAAUCAGGUUUUUCCAUUAACAGUCAGGUCUUUGCUGCAGAUGGUGCCUCCACUGAAACAUCUGCAUCUGGGGCCUCCCAAGGAGAGGCUUCAACUCCGGAGGAGUCUCGAGAUGGGAAGAAAGACAAAGAAGGGGACCGGGCCUCCGAGGAAGGCAAGCAGAAGGGCAAGGGCAGCAAACCUUUAAUGCCUACCUCCACUAUCCUUCGUCUUCUGGCAGAGUUGGUGAGAUCCUAUGUUGGUAUUGCUACCCUGAUUGCCAACUACAGCUACACUGUGGGCCAAUCGGAACUGAUUAAAGAGGACUGCAGUGUGCUAGCUUUUGUUCUGGACCACCUCCUCCCACAUACCCAGAAUGCAGAAGACAAAGACACACCUGCCCUGGCUCGCCUGUUCCUCGCUAGUCUGGCUGCUGCGGGGAGUGGUACAGAUGCCCAGGUGGCCCUAGUGAACGAAGUAAAAGCAGCCCUGGGACGGGCACUGGCUAUGGCCGAAAGCACAGAGAAACAUGCCAGGCUUCAGGCAGUGAUGUGUAUCAUCAGUACUAUCAUGGAGUCCUGCCCCUCCACCUCUAGCUUCUACAGCAGUGCCACAGCCAAGACCCAACACAAUGGCAUGAAUAAUAUCAUUCGACUCUUCCUGAAGAAAGGGCUGGUUAAUGAUCUUGCCAGAGUGCCUCACAGUUUAGACCUGUCCAGUCCCAACAUGGCCAAUACAGUCAAUGCUGCUCUGAAGCCUUUAGAAACACUUUCCCGGAUUGUGAACCAGCCCAGUAGCCUUUUUGGCAGCAAGAGUGCUUCUAACAAGAGCAAGUCGGAGCAGGAUGCCCAAGGAGCCUCUCAGGACUCCAAUAGCAACCAGCAAGACCCAGGCGAGCCUGGGGAAGCAGAAGUACAGGAGGAGGAUCAUGAUGUCACUCAGACAGAGGUGGCAGAUGGGGAUAUCAUGGAUGGGGAGGCUGAAACCGACUCAGUGGUGAUUGCUGGGCAGCCUGAGGUGCUCAGUUCACAAGAGAUGCAGGUUGAGAAUGAGCUGGAGGACCUGAUAGAUGAGUUGCUUGAGAGGGAUGGCGGAUCUGGGAACAGUACAAUUAUAGUGAGCAGAAGUGGAGAGGAUGAAUCACAAGAGGACGUGCUGAUGGAUGAAGCUCCUUCCAACCUCAGCCAAGCUUCCACCUUGCAGGCCAACCGAGAAGAUUCCAUGAAUAUCCUGGACCCUGAGGAUGAGGAGGAGCACACUCAGGAAGAGGACAGCAGUGGCAGUAACGAGGAUGAGGAUGAUAGUCAGGAUGAAGAGGAGGAGGAGGAGGAAGAUGAGGAAGAUGAUCAGGAGGAUGAUGAAGGUGAAGAGGGAGAUGAAGACGAUGACGACGAUGGCUCUGAGAUGGAAUUGGAUGAGGAUUACCCUGAUAUGAACGCUUCUCCCUUGGUCCGAUUUGAGCGCUUUGACCGGGAGGAUGAUCUCAUCAUUGAGUUUGACAACAUGUUCUCCAGUGCUACAGACAUCCCCCCAUCCCCAGGAAAUAUCCCUACCACCCAUCCACUGAUGGUACGCCAUGCAGACCAUAGUUCUCUGACACUGGGCAGUGGCUCCUCUACAACUCGUCUCACCCAGGGCAUCGGGCGCAGUCAGAGGACCCUCAGGCAGCUGACAGCCAACACAGGCCACACCAUUCAUGUUCACUACCCCGGUAAUCGCCAGCCCAACCCUCCUCUUAUACUCCAGAGGUUGCUUGGUCCCUCGGCUGCUGCUGACAUCCUUCAACUGAGCAGCAGCCUGCCUCUACAGAGCCGAGGCCGUGCUCGCCUUCUGGUGGGCAAUGAUGACGUCCAUAUCAUCGCCCGGUCUGAUGAUGAGUUGCUGGAUGACUUUUUCCAUGAUCAGAGCACAGCUACCAGCCAAGCAGGGACCUUGUCCAGCAUCCCCACAGCCUUGACUCGCUGGACAGAGGAGUGCAAAGUUCUUGAUGCUGAGAGCAUGCACGACUGUGUUUCAGUGGUGAAAGUGCCUAUUGUCAACCACCUGGAAUUCCUGAGGGAUGAAGAACUGGAAGAAAGGCGGGAAAAACGCAGGAAACAACUGGCUGAGGAAGAAACAAAGAUAACUGACAAAAGCAAAGAAGAUAAGGAGAACAGGGAUCAGAGUGCACAGUGUACUGCACCUAAGGCAAAUGACUCUGCUGAACAGAACCUCACAGAUGGGACUGCUAUGCCUGACAGCUACCCAACAACCCCAUCUUCAACUGAGGCAGCUACAUCCGAGCCCAAGGAGACCCUCACUACUCUGCAACCCUCUCAGCAGCAGCCAACACUCCCACCCCCGCCAACUUUGGGAACAGUUCCUCAGGAGCUACAGUCCACAGCUGGAGAAGGGGGAAGCUCUACACAGCUAUUGAUGCCUGUAGAGACAGAGGAAUUGGGUCCUACAAGGCCAAGUGGAGAAGUAGAAACAACUCAGAUGGAGCUAUCCCCAGCUCCUACUAUAACCUCUCUUUCCCCAGAGAGAGCUGAAGAUUCUGAUGCACUGACAGCUGUCAGCAGCCAGCUGGAAGGCUCUCCCAUGGACACCAGCAGCCUGGCUUCCUGUACUCUAGAGGAGACUGUGGGUGACACUUCAGCAGCUGGCAGUUCUGAGCAACCCACAGCAGGCAGCUCCACUCCUGGGGAUGCCCCGCUAGUUGCAGCAGAAGUUCAGAGCAGAGGUGAUGGUUCAGGGGAGCCUACCCAGCCACCUGAGGACAGCUCUCCUCCUGCGUCCUCUGAGAGUUCUUCCACCAGAGAUUCUGCCGUAGCCAUUUCUGGAGCAGAUUCCCGGGGAAUCCUAGAAGAGCCACUGCCUUCGACAAGCAGCGAAGAAGAAGAUCCCCUUGCAGGUAUCAGUCUCCCAGAAGGUGUGGACCCCUCUUUUCUGGCUGCCCUGCCUGAUGACAUCCGCCGGGAAGUCCUACAGAACCAGCUGGGCAUCCGUCCCCCAACCCGGACUGCCCCUUCCACAAAUAGCUCAGCUCCUGCAGUGGUGGGGAAUCCUGGUGUGACCGAAGUGAGCCCUGAGUUCCUGGCCGCCCUACCUCCAGCCAUUCAGGAGGAAGUGCUGGCACAGCAGAGAGCUGAACAGCAGCGACGGGAACUGGCACAGAAUGCCAGCUCAGACACCCCCAUGGACCCUGUGACCUUCAUUCAGACUCUGCCCUCAGACCUACGUCGUAGUGUCCUAGAGGACAUGGAGGACAGCGUGUUGGCUGUGAUGCCACCUGACAUCGCAGCCGAGGCUCAAGCCCUGAGACGAGAGCAGGAAGCUCGGCAGCGGCAGCUCAUGCAUGAGCGUCUGUUUGGGCACAGCAGCACCUCUGCACUCUCCGCCAUUCUCCGAAGCCCAGCUUUCACCAGUCGUCUGAGUGGCAACCGUGGGGUCCAAUAUACUCGUCUUGCUGUGCAAAGCGGGGGGGGGGGGCCCCCCAGCCAUAACAGGCCUUCUGGCAGUAAUGUGGACACUCUCCUCCGCCUCCGAGGACGUCUCCUUCUGGAUCACGAAGCCCUGUCUUGUCUCCUGGUCCUACUUUUCGUGGAUGAGCCAAAGCUCAAUACUAGCCGUCUACACCGAGUACUGAGAAAUCUCUGCUACCAUGCCCAGACCCGCCACUGGGUCAUCCGCAGCCUACUGUCCAUCUUGCAGCGCAGCAGCGAGAGUGAGCUGUGCAUUGAAACACCAAAGCUCACCACAAGUGAAGAAAAAGGCAAAAAGUCGAGCAAGAGCUGUGGGUCAAGCAGCCAUGAGAACCGUCCCCUGGACCUGCUACACAAGGUGGAAUCUAAGAGCUCCAACCAGCUGUCCGGGCUUUCAGUAUCCAUGGAUGCAGCCCUAGGCUGCAGGACUAAUAUAUUCCAGAUCCAGCGUUCAGGAGGACGCAAACACACUGAGAAACAUGCAAGCAGUGGCUCUACCGUCCACAUCCACCCCCAGGCUGCUCCUGUCGUCUGCAGGCAUGUUCUGGACACACUCAUUCAGUUGGCUAAGGUGUUUCCCAGCCACUUCACACAGCAGCGGACCAAAGAAACAAACUGUGAGAGUGAUCGGGAGAGGGGCAGUAAGCAAGCCUGCAGCCCGUGCUCUUCACAGUCCACCAACAGUGGCAUUUGUACAGACUUCUGGGACUUACUGGUAAAACUGGACAACAUGAAUGUCAGCCGGAAAGGCAAAAACUCUGUGAAGUCGGUGCCAGUGAGCACUGGUGGUGAGGGGGAAACCUCCCUGUACAGCCUUGAAGCCUCUCCACUGGGGCAGCUCAUGAACAUGUUGUCACACCCAGUCAUCCGCCGGAGCUCUCUCUUGACUGAGAAACUUCUCAGACUCCUUUCUCUCAUCUCAAUUGCUCUCCCAGAAAACAAAGCAUCAGAAGCACAGGCUAAUUCUGGCAGUGGUGCUUCCUCCACCACUACUGCUGCCUCAACCACAUCAUCCACCACUGCUUCUGCCACCACACCCACACCUCCUGCUGCACCCACCCCUGUCACUUCUGCUCCAGCCCUGGUUGCUGCCACAGCUGUUUCCACCAUUGCUGUAGCUGCUUCAACCACAGUAACCACCCCCACAACUGCUACCACUACUGUUUCAACCUCUGCUACUACUAAGGGCAGCAAAUCUCCAGCGAAAUUGGGUGAUGGGGGCAGCAAUGCUGCAGACUUUAAGAUGGUGUCAUCUGGCCUUACUGAAAACCAGCUACAACUCUCUGUGGAGGUGUUGACAUCUCACUCUUGUUCUGAAGAAGGCCUAGAAGAUGCAGCCAAUGUGCUACUACAGCUCUCUCGAGGGGACCCCGGGACUCGAGACACUGUUCUCAAGCUGCUAUUGAAUGGAGCCCGCCAUCUGGGUUAUACUCUUUGUAAACAGAUAGGUACCCUGCUGGCUGAGCUACGAGAAUAUAACCUGGAACAGCAGCGGCGAGCCCAGUGUGAGACCCUCUCUCCUGAUGGCCUGCCUGAGGAGCAACCACAGACUACCAAGCUGAAAGGCAAAAUGCAGAGCAGGUUUGACAUGGCUGAGAAUGUGGUAAUUGUGGCAUCUCAGAAGCGACCCUUGGGUGGCCGGGAGCUCCAGCUGCCUUCUAUGUCCAUGUUGACAUCCAAGACAUCUACCCAGAAGUUCUUCUUGAGGGUACUGCAGGUCAUCAUCCAGCUCCGAGACGACACACGCCGAGCUAACAAGAAAGCCAAGCAGACAGGCAGGCUAGGUUCCUCCGGUUUAGGCUCAGCUAGCAGCAUCCAGGCAGCUGUUCGGCAGCUGGAGGCUGAGGCUGAUGCCAUUAUACAAAUGGUACGUGAGGGUCAAAGGGCGCGGAGACAGCAACAAGCAGCAACGUCGGAGUCUAGCCAGUCAGAUCCAUCUGUCCGGAGGGAGGAGUCACCCAUGGAUGUGGACCAACCAUCUCCCAGUGGUCAAGAUACUCAAUCCAUUGCCUCAGAUGGAACCCUGCAGGGGGAAAAGGAGAAAGAAGAGAGACCACCUGAGUUACCUCUGCUUAGUGAGCAGCUGAGCCUAGACGAGCUGUGGGACAUGCUGGGGGAGUGUUUAAAAGAACUGGAAGAAUCCCAUGACCAGCAUGCGGUGCUAGUACUACAGCCUGCCGUCGAGGCCUUCUUUCUGGUCCAUGCCACAGAGCGGGAGAGCAAGCCUCCUGUCCGAGACACCCGUGAGAGCCAGCUGGCACACAUUAAGGACGAGCCUCCUCCACUCUCUCCUGCCCCCUUAACCCCAGCCACUCCUUCUUCCCUUGACCCCUUCUUUUCCCGGGAGCCCUCAUCUAUGCACAUCUCCUCAAGUCUGCCUCCUGACACACAAAAGUUCCUUCGCUUUGUGACCAUGUAUUUGAAGACUCCUAUCAUGAGGUAUAUCGCAAAUCCCCUGAAGAAAUGAAGAAUCGAUUGUAUAUAGUGUUUGAAGGAGAAGAAGGGCAGGAUGCUGGAGGGCUUCUGCGGGAGUGGUAUAUGAUCAUCUCUCGAGAGAUGUUUAACCCUAUGUAUGCCUUGUUCCGUACCUCACCUGGUGAUCGAGUCACCUACACCAUCAAUCCAUCUUCCCACUGCAAUCCCAACCACCUCAGCUAUUUCAAGUUUGUUGGACGCAUUGUGGCCAAAGCUGUAUAUGACAACCGCCUCCUAGAGUGCUACUUUACUCGGUCCUUCUACAAACACAUCUUGGGCAAGUCUGUCAGAUACACAGAUAUGGAGAGUGAAGAUUACCAUUUCUACCAAGGCCUGGUUUAUCUGCUAGAAAACGAUGUCUCCACGUUAGGCUAUGACCUCACCUUCAGCACUGAGGUCCAAGAAUUUGGAGUCUGUGAAGUUCGUGACCUCAAACCCAAUGGAGCCAACAUCUUGGUAACAGAAGAGAAUAAGAAGGAAUAUGUACACCUAGUGUGCCAGAUGAGAAUGACAGGAGCCAUCCGGAAACAGCUGGCAGCUUUCUUAGAAGGCUUCUAUGAGAUCAUUCCAAAGCGCCUCAUUUCCAUCUUCACUGAACAAGAGUUAGAGCUGCUCAUAUCAGGACUGCCCACCAUUGACAUUGAUGAUUUGAAGUCUAACACUGAGUACCACAAGUACCAGUCCAACUCUAUUCAGAUCCAGUGGUUCUGGAGAGCACUGCGUUCUUUCGACCAAGCUGACCGUGCCAAGUUCCUCCAGUUUGUCACAGGUACUUCUAAGGUGCCCCUGCAAGGCUUUGCUGCCCUUGAAGGCAUGAAUGGCAUUCAGAAGUUUCAGAUCCAUCGAGAUGACAGGUCCACAGAUCGCCUGCCUUCAGCUCACACAUGUUUUAAUCGGCGGGCCCUGCCUGCCUAUGAGAGCUUUGAGAAGCUCCGCCACAUGCUACUAUUGGCCAUCCAGGAAUGCUCUGAAGGCUUUGGGCUGGCCUAAUAAGGCCCUGCCCACUACUGUGGGGUUUUUCUAUCGUUGGACCUAGGGUGGGGGGAAAUUUAAAAAGAACCAGAAAGAAAUUGUCAAAAACCAAUAAAUGAAAUCCACCAACUCACCAUGUGUGUGUCCCAGCUUCCCCAUCUCCCCAGCGCAUACCUGUUACCCUUCUGCUCAUUCUCUGCCCAGCUCCCGUCUCUUCACUUCCUCUCCCUUUUCCAUGCCGUCCAUGAUACCCACCCCAUGUGUUUAAAAGGCAGUAGCCUUUGCAGGGACCUGUUUGUCCCAACUGUUUGAACAGUGUGCUCCUCAGAUUCUGUGUUCAGAAGGAUUUGCUGCAUUGAGACUUGAAACCUUUGGAUAGGGGAAAAAAUUAUAUAUAUAUAUAUUUUUUUGUUCUGUUUGCAUUUCUUAAUUUGUGCUUGGAAUGUGUUGAUGUGCACAGCUAAUGAUUCAAUGCGAGACAAGAUUGGCGUCUGUGUUGUGGAGGUUUCAAAUAAAGAGCACUCUUCAUAACUCA